UCUGGGAGAGGGGGUGGGGCCACGUUAGCGUCCGCGCCAUCAGGCCUGAGGUGGCGGUGAGGUCCGUUCUCAGGUUCAUAGUGUAUGGUUUUCCCUGCCAAGCGGUUGCGCUUGGUGCCAUCCAUGGAGGGCGUGCGCUGGGCCUUUUCCUGCGGCACUUGGCUGCCGAGCCGAGCCGAGUGGGGGGGGGGGGGGGGGCUGCUGGCGGUGCGAUCGAUCCAGCCUGAGGAGAAGGAGCGCAUUGGCCAGUUCGUCUUUGCCCGGGACGCUAAGGCAGCCAUGGCUGGUCGUCUGAUGAUAAGGAAAUUAGUUGCUGAGAAAUUGAAUAUUCCUUGGAAUCAUAUUCGUUUGCAAAGAACUGCAAAAGGAAAACCAGUUCUUGCAAAAGACUCAUCAAAUCCCUAUCCGAAUUUCAACUUUAACAUCUCUCAUCAAGGGGAUUAUGCAGUGCUCGCUGCUGAAAAAAAAGUUGGAAUUGAUAUCAUGAAGACUAGUUUUCCAGGUCGUGGUUCAAUUCCAGAAUUCUUUCAUAUUAUGAAAAGAAAGUUCACCAACAAAGAAUGGGAAACAAUCAGAAGCUUUAAGGAUGAAUGGACCCAACUGGAUAUGUUUUAUAGGAAUUGGGCACUGAAAGAAAGCUUCAUAAAAGCCAUUGGUGUUGGACUGGGGUUUGAAUUGCAACGACUUGAAUUUGAUAUAUCUCCAUUAAACUUGGAUAUAGGCCAAGUUUAUAAAGAAACACGUUUGUUCCUAGAUGGGGAAGAAGAAAAAGAAUGGGCAUUUGAGGAAAGCAAAAUAGAUGAGCACCAUUUUGUUGCAGUAGCUCUUAGAAAACCCGAUGGAUCUAAACAUCAGGAUGUUUCAUCUCAAAAUGAUUCUAAACCAACCCAGAGGCAAUUUACUGUUCUCACUUUUAAUGAUUUAAUAACAUCUGCUAUUCCCAUGACACCCGAAGAUCCUUCUUUUUGGGACUGUUUUUGCUUCACAGAAGAAAUCCCAAUACGAAAUGGUACAAAGUCAUGAUAUGAUUUCAUAAAUAACAAAAGGAAAUGAAAACUGUUUGUUAUCUUCCAUAUUCACUGAGAAAUAAAUGCCCGUUAGCAACAAAUUCUAUUUUACAAAACAAAAAACCCCAUAACUUUUCCUAUUAAAAAAGCAGAUUUCCAUUUCAAGAUAGUUCACUAGAAUACAUGUUUACCUGUUCCUUUCCAAAAUUGCAUUGAAUUGAUAGAAAGGGUAGUAAACUCUUAAAGUGAUAACUUGCUCAUUUAGAAAAAAAUAGAAAAUGCAGAUAUGUAAAAGGAAACAUUUAAACCCUGUCUUUUAGAGAUAAUUACUCUUAAAGCCUUGAGUAUCUUGCCAGACCAUUUUCUUGUGAAAUGAAUCCAUAUUAGCACAUUCUUUUUUUUUUAAUGAAACAUACUGUUUUGUAAUUUCUUAACUGUGCAUCUACCUUUUUAUAAAUGUACCUCUAUGACAUAACUUUUAGUGGUUCUAAAAGUACUUUAUUGUACGACUAAUAUUAGGAUGCUUUGACCAGAGGUACAGUGUCCAAAUAUAAUUGACUUAAGUAACCAAGGACAUUUAUUAUCUCAGAUAACAUACAGUUCACAGGUAUCAUUAAGCACACUUUUGUUUUGUUUUUUGCCUUGGUCUCAGUUUAUUGGUUUUGCCUUAUACUCAUCUCCCUCUCAAUCACAACAGUUGCUACUAUAACUUGUAGUUUUACAUCUACAGAGAUUUGCAUCUACGAGGCAGAAAAGCCAUUUCUUUUCUCACUUUUGUUAUGUCCCUGAGGAAGACUUCUCAAAACCCCCCAAAAUAUUUCCUUUCUCAGUUUCCAUUGAUGUAGACCAUAUCACAGAGAAAGCCACUCUCUGACAUUAUUAGCCUCUGUUACAAGUAGACUCUGUUGGGAAGGAAGAAGCUGAGGUAGGUUUGGGAGAAUUGCAUCUGCGAUCCCAUUGUCUGCUGUAAGAAAGGUGUGCUACAAUUUAUUCAUUUUCCUCUGUUAGACUUUUUGAUUGUCUGCAGUUUAUAACCAUAAUUAAUGAUGCAGUGGAUGUCUUGUACAUUUUGCACUACAUGUUUAAUUAUGUGUUUAAAAGUUUCUGGAAGAGGUAUGACUGGUUGAAAGGAAUUAAAACAUUUUUAGAGCUUUGAUAAGUAUUUCAUAUUUCUCUCCAAAAAGCCUGUACAAAUUACAUUUACAGUUAGUAGUAUAUGUGUGGCCACCCUCUACCUGCAUAAUUCCUAAUAACUGUAGAUAGUAUCUUUUUUCUUCUUAUUUAACUUUUGCCAAUAUAACUGAAAUAGUAUGUCAUUUUAAAAAUUUCAGUUUCUCUCAUUACAAAUGAGGAUAUUAUCAGUGUUGUUAUUGGCCACUUAUAUUCCUAUUUUAUGAACCACAUGUUCAUUAUCUCUACCUAUUUUUAUUUUACUAAUUAGGACUUAAUUUAAAGUGGGAACAUUAUAUAUAAGAUGCCAAGACCAUCAUAUUGAUGACAGAAUCUAUUAUAUGGUUAUAGUGCAUGUCUUUAAGAGUUAAAGUCUUGUUAUUGUUAAAUAUUAAGAAGUAAAAUAACUUGUUUCUGUUACUAACAUUAAAAGUCAUAUGUAAGUUGUAUAAAAUUAGGUACUUUGUUUAGUACAAGAAAUUGGAAUGUUUUAUACUUUAUUUUAUUAAGCAUGCCCACUUAUUCCAAGCAUAGUAAAUGAUGUGUUUUAAAAAGAUCAAGUAGCAUUUAUAAUUGAGGAAGCAUUGUUAUCUCUAGCAUGAGUGUACAGUAAAAAGAAAAACCAUUUGUCUUGUCAUAAUAAUAAAAUUAUUAAUAUCAUGGAAUUUUUAUGAACCAGAAA